AUGGCUCCCAAGCAGGAUUCCGAGGCCACUGUGGCCGUUAAUAUUGAAGAGCUGCGUGCCUCCAAAGAUGCCAUCAUCAUGUGGAGCAUGUCGCUGCAGUCCCAAAUCGCUGAUUUCAGCAAGGCCUAUGUUGAGCACGUCAACAAUGUCAUCAACGGAACCUCCGCCUCCAUCGACCUCCCGGCCAUGCCCAUCGGCAUGAACCACCUUGACUUCGCUCCGCGCGCCGGUAGCCCCGGUGCCAAGUCUGAAGCCGGCGGUCGCAAGAAGCGCAAGCGCGCGCCCGUGGACCCUAAUGCGCCCAAGCGUCCGCUCACCCCGUACUUCCUCUACAUGCACAACAACCGCCCCAGGAUUGCCGAAGACCUGGGCGCCGAUGCGAAGCCCAAGAAUGUCGCCGAAGAGGGCACCCGCCGCUGGCAGAACAUGGAUCUGAAGGAGAAGGAGAUCUGGAAGGCGAUGUACGGCGAGAACUAUGAGAAGUAUAAGGUUGACUCGGCCGCGUACAAUGCCGCCAAGGCCGCCAAAGAAUCCGCCAAAAAGGCCGGUGAGGAGGACAACGACCCGUCCGCCUCGCAGUUGCAGCAGGACUUUGCUGGCGCCGAAGCCGAGGAUUCGUCGGACGAUGAAGAAGAAUCUUCCUCGGAAGAGUCGCCCUCGCCUAUUCCGCCCAAGGAGAAGACUCCCCCGCGCAGCUCCAACAAGCGCCGUCGCAGCGACGCCAAGGUCGUGAAGGAGGCGAAGGAGGCGACGCCCGCAAAGAAGGGUAAGGGUAAGACCGCAGAGCCCACGCCGGCCAAGGAGAAGGUCCCGGAGAAGCGCAGCCGAGCUAAGAAGCGCAAGAGCGAGGCUUAA